AUGACAGAAGUAGGCAGUGGCAUAGAAGUACGCGGCGAGAAAGGUAGUCCCAAGGGCCGCUCGCUCCACACGACACGCAGCUUCGAGCCGGGCGACAUCAUCGCCCAGUUCAACAACCCGGCCGUCGUGCUCCCGCCGGGUCCACGCGCGCUAGAGUACUGCAACCACUGCCUCAAACAGCAGCGGCAAAAAGAAGAAUCCGUCCCGGCCACGGAGAAGCUCCGCGCGUGCACGGGAUGUAAGACGGUGGCGUACUGCGGGCCUGCGUGCCAGCGCGCCAACUGGUCCGUCGUGCACAAGCUUGAGUGCAAGGCGAUUCAGAGACUUCACAAGACUAAGCCGGCGGACCAGCCGAACUGGGUGCCGACGCCGGUGCGGGCGGCGGCGCAGGUUAUGUUGCGGCCCAAGGUGAUGGAGAAAUUUGAGGAGCUGGAGGGUAAUGCUGAGUCGUGGCGCGGCAAGGAGAUGGUUAAGUUGCAGCUUCAGGCGCAGGGGGUUGUGAGGUGUCUUGAUGUCGAUGAGGUUUCGGUCGAGUUGUUGGAGAGUGCCUUUCAGGUUCUGUGCAAGCUUCAAACAAAUGCUUUCAGUGUGUCAGCGGAUGACACUGAUGGUGUUUACUUGGACACCACACUUGCCAUGAUGAAUCACUCAUGCAGCCCCAAUGCCGUGGUCCAGUUUGAUGGCAGGUCAGCCUCACUCCACGCAAUGGCUUUCAUCGAGUCAGGGGAUGAGGUCGAAAUAUCUUACAUUGACGAAACUCAGCCAAAGAGCAAAAGACGGGAAUAUCUGGGAUCGUAUCACUUUGAAUGCAAGUGCUACAAGUGUAUCGACGACCUGGACGACUAUCAAAUUGCCCAGAAGGAUCAGAGGGUUGCGAAGCUGAACGAGCUGAGUGUAACGCCUGAUAUCGAGAGAUUCAAAAACCCUCAUGUGGCCGAAAAAGAUCGCCUGCGGCAAGCUAUCGAAGUUACAAGGCUUCUAGACAUGUUUCCUGCGCAGCCCCGCGACAUGGAGCCCCAGGCGAAACACAAGUGGCUGAGGGAGGCGUACAAGUCGGCCAUAUGGUUUCCCAAGAAUGGCCGAUGGGCCAUUGAGCCCUUUGCUCAGCUCGUGGACGAGGCGGCGGUCUAUUUUGGAAAGAAUCGGGGCAAUCACGAGUGCGCUUUGGCCAUGGCCUGCCUGAUGGCCUAUGAGAUCGCUCCGUACAAGUUUCCCGUCCCGUUCCACAACGAGAGGGCAAGGGGCCUCUCUGCCAUUGCAAUCGCGCUGUCUCAAACAGCGCCUGAGCCGGAGAAGCUGGUCAAGCUGGCGAGGGACAUGGCCGCGAAGAAGAAAUUCUCUGCCGCCGGGGUCAGAGUAUUGGAGAAUCUCGACCAGGUGUCAAUGUGCCAGAUGGUUUUGUCAUUGAUCAAUGGGUAUAAAGACCGUACGCCGAAGAUCGACUGGGGUGGUCUUGGUCCGUUUAGCUGGUAUAGCGGGAUGAUUGCUGAGAUUGAGAGUCUUCCAGGCAGAGACAGGGAGAAUAGCUUGAUCAACGCAUGGAUCAUGAAUCCAAAGGGGAUGGACGACUUCUUCAGGUACGCUCUGGUAAAGCCGGUCAAGGCGUUGACUGAGCUUGGAAAGGCUGUGUUGGAAGUGGACUUGGGCGAGGACUGCGAUUUGUCUGCUAAUUGA